CCAACCAAUGUGAGACAAGAUCCCAGCAUCCCUACCCAUGGACUCCAAAAAACCAUCUUACUGAACACCAGGCUGCAGGACUGCUGUGGUCCCACCAACAUCUGUGCAGUCAGAAUAGAUGUAAAGCAGACAAGCACCCAGUACCAGGUACUACCUCACCACUGGGAAGUGGGAAAGAGCCAGUUAAUUGCCAAUUCAUUCUCUCUGGUCAAGGUCGUGCUCAGAGGAGAAAAAGUACCAGUCAGCCAAGAUCUUAAGGACAGAUAUGCCAAACAUGCAGCCACUACCCAAGUGUUGUCCAGGGACAGUGGGCUCAUAGCCUGCAAGGGCUGGACACUGCUUCCUGAAACCCAAGAGGAACAGCAGCUGGAGGUCAUGCCAAGCAUCUCUGGGAUCCUCACUGAGGGUUACCAGGCUCUGUACCACACUGUGGCAGAGCCCAUGCUCUGAGAUCCUUCUGGAAGCCCCAAGAGGUACAGCUCGGAGCUAGGCAAAGCCAUUAAACAAAGGCUCUGGGAAGCUUUGCACAGUUGGCUGCCACCAGGAGCGCAUGGAGGGGCCUGA